AUGCGUUGCAUUUGGCCUUCAGUUGCUGCAUUGGCAGCCUUCGCACCAGCAUCCGUCCUGGCCCAAACCUACACCGACUGCAACCCGCUCGAGAGCACAUCAUGUCCCUCUGACGACGCCCUCUCGUCGGGCUCACACACGGCCGACUUCACCCAGGGCGAAAACGACCAAUGGACGGUGACGGCUGGCAGCGUCGACUACGGCAGCAACGGGGCCGAGUUCACCAUCAAGCAGUCGGGCGACGCGCCCACCAUCGCCACCAACUUCUACUUCCUGUUCGGGCGGGUCGAGGUGCUGCUGCGCGCCGCGCCGGGCACGGGCAUCGUCAGCAGCGUCGUCAUGGAGUCGGACGACCUCGACGAGAUCGACUGGGAGUGGCUGGGCGGCGCGGCGGGCCAGGUCGAGUCCAACUACUUCGGCAAGGGCAACACCACCAGCUACGACCGCGCCGUCUACCACGCCGUCGAGCCCGACACCCAGGCCAACCUGCACAACUACACCGUCCUGUGGACCGCCGCCUACACCACCUGGUACAUCGACGGCGUCGCCGUGCGCACCCUCAACUACGCCGACGCCGUCGGCGGGUCCAACUACCCCCAGACCCCCAUGCGCCUCCGCCUCGGCACCUGGGCCGGCGGCGACAGCAACAACGACGCCGGCACCAUCGGCUGGGCCGGCGGCACCACCGAUUACUCCGACGGCCCCUUCACCUGCUACGUCGAGAAGGUGUCCAUCGUCAACUUCUCGCCCGCCACCAGCUACAGCUACGCCGACACCACCGGCAGCUGGCGGAGCAUCACCGUCGACGGCGGGACUGUCAACUCGAACGAGGAUGGCCAAGUCGAUGACUCCGCCACUGCCACCGGGUCGUCGGCGGCGGAGACCACCGCGACUGCGACGAGCGGCUCUUCCAACAUGUGGUGGACGGCGAGCGCUGCGGCCGUGGCCAAGGCUGCGUCGGGCGCGAGUGUGCAUGGCAGAGCGGAGGUGUGGAAGAGCGUGGUUGUGGCGUUGGGCUUGGUUUUUGGCUUCACCGUGAUAUGA